AUGGCUUCCUCUAUCAGCAAUGGCUCCCGCGCCCGGUUCAGCGCCAGCAGCAGCAGAUCGGCCCCGAGGGUGGCCGCUGUUCCGUCCAGCGUUCGUUCCCUCGCCUACUCGUCACGGGUGCAGAUGACAAGCUGGGAUAGCUCCUGCAGCACUACCGGCAGCCUGCGAGAAGCCACUGCGGCCCCAGUUCGGUCGACUGCCCCCAAGCGCGAGGUCGUUCGGCUGGGCAACAAGGGCGCGGGUGGCCCCUUUGCACCGCUGGUGGUGGUGGUGCGCAACAUUGUUGGGGAGAAGGAGUUCAACAAGCUCAGGGGCAAGGCCAUCUCUGUUCACUCGCAAGUGAUCAAGGACUUCUGCAAGCAGGUCGGCGUGGAUAACAAGCAGGUGCAGGCGGUGGUGCGUCUCGCGAAGAAGAAUGGGGAGUGGCUCGGCUUCCUCGCUUGA